GGUUUGGCUGAGUUGGAACAGUCCGCCUCUAAUGAGCAGAUUUGAGAGACACCAGUGUAAGAGAGAGAGAGAGAGAGGGAGACAUCCGAGCAUAUAGGGAAAUAAGAUGACGAAAGAUAAUUCACGACUCACGAAAAUCAUUCCAACAACGUGCUUGACUCAAGGAAGGUAAAUAAGGAACAAUGAGUCUCGUUUUCACGCUUGAAAGCAAACCAGAGGGGAUUUUUACAUAGCCGUUGGAGAGCAAAGAGGAAAGGAGAGAGAGCGACGAAAGAGUGCCCUGAUAAGGAAUUAAUCACAUUUGCUUGCGCUCAAGCUGUGCGCUCAUCCUGUGCUGGUGAGAGCGUGCGUACAUAUGCAUGCGAUAGACUGCAUUGCUGCUAGCUGACGGAGACUGAACCUUGCAGAAUCUAUCGCAGUUUUUUCUUGCACUCCGUUUCCCUGCGUGGCAUCAGCAUGUCGGGUGGAUGUGUUACAACAGAGAGCGAGCUCCCGACAGAGGGGAUACGUCUGUAAAUGCUACCUGACUGCUUCAUCUGUCCGCCGUCACUCUGAGGACUCGCAGGUUUAUAGGUGGAGCCUGGUGGUCUUAACAACAGGGAGGGGAAGUGAGACAGUUCAAAGCCCCAGAGUGGGUAAGCCGGAGUCAGGGUAGGUGUGCUGGCACGGGGUGCCCCUGUGGAGGCAGGAACAAGGGGGGCCGGAGUACCAAAAGCUAUAAAUUGUUGCUGCGUUGGUAACGGUACUGUAAGGCGCAUGGCUGACGUGGGCCCACUUCCAUCACAGAGAAGCAGCCGCAGGAGAGCAAUCCGUGAAUAACAAGAUCCACUCCUGAAAGAGGAUGGUCUGAGAGGGCACAAUCUGCUCCUGCCUGGUUUGACAGGAGGGGACUACUGCCCAGGAGGGCUCCUCUUUUAUCUUUCUUUUAACUUUUUCAAUUGUUUUCAACAACCGGGAGUUGUUACAGGUCUGUUGUGAUACCCUGGCCCUGUUUCCAAGUCUGCGUUUUUUCCGUUCGUUCAUCUUUUUCUUUUCUUUUUGAGGUUUGGGGUAUUUGCCAAAACCUAUUUCAUGCAUGUCCACUGGGGGCAGGUUCAACUUUGAUGAUGGGGGAUCAUACUGUGGAGGGUGGGAAGAGGGAAAGGCCCACGGCCAUGGCAUCUGCACGGGACCCAAGGGCCAAGGCGAGUACGCGGGCUCAUGGAGCCACGGCUUUGAGGUGGUGGGUGUCUAUACCUGGCCCAGUGGGAACACCUAUCAAGGGACAUGGGCGCAAGGCAAGCGGCAUGGCAUUGGAGUUGAAAACAAGGGCAAGUGGGUUUACAAAGGUGAGUGGACACAUGGAUUUAAGGGACGCUACGGUGUGCGGGAGAGCACGGGAACAAGCGGCAAGUACGAGGGUACAUGGAACAACGGACUACAGGAUGGAUAUGGAACGGAGACGUACUCUGAUGGAGGUACAUACCAGGGCCAAUGGGUGGGCGGAAUGCGGCACGGAUACGGCGUACGGCAGAGCGUUCCGUACGGCAUGGCGGCCGUCAUCCGUUCACCUCUCCGUACCUCCAUAAACUCCCUACGCUCCGAGCACAGUAACGGCACAGCGCUGCUGACCGGCGACCGACCGCCCGUGGCCGGCGUGGGGGCCGGAGGCGUCCUAGUGGGGGGCAGCCCUGCCGUGUCCCGCGGGGGCUUCGUUCUGACGGCCCACAGUGAAUCGGAGCUGUUGAAAAACAAAAAGAAGGGUCUGUUCCGUCGCUCACUCCUAAGUGGCCUCAAGCUGCGAAAAUCUGAGUCCAAAAGCUCACUGGCCAGCCAGCGAAGCAAGCAGAGUUCCUUCCGGAGCGAAGCCGGCAUGAGCACGGUCAGCUCCGCCGCAUCCGACAUCAACUCCACAAUCAGCCUGGGAGAUGGGGAGAGCGAGCUGCCAGUGGGCGAUGACGAUGUGGACGCCACUACCACCGAGAGUUACGCCGGAGAAUGGAAGAACGACAAGAGGACGGGCUGCGGGGUGAGCCGCCGAUCGGAUGGACUGCAGUACCAGGGCGAGUGGCUGGGCAACAAGAGGCACGGGUAUGGAUGCACCACCUUUCCAGACGGCACUAAAGAGGAAGGAAAAUACAAACAGAAUGUACUUGUUAGUGGCAAACGCAAGAACCUCAUCCCACUACGUGCCAGCAAGAUCAGAGAGAAAGUAGACAGAGCGGUGGAAGCGGCAGACAAGGCUGCGGACAUUGCGAAGCAGAAGGCAGAAAUCGCGCAGUCAAGAACGGCUCACGCAAGAGGGAAAGCAGAGGCCGCGUCGGCUGCAGCACAGAAAGCCCAGGAAGAGUGCAGGCUGGCCCGAAUCAACGCCAAAGAGUUCUCUCCCUCAUACCAACACAGAGGAAACCAACACAUAGGAGUGGAGUGCCAGCGACCCAAACAGCAAAACUCCAGCGAGAACGAUGUGGAGGUGAUCUCCAGCGGAACGGCAGAUAGCACAGAGCUCUACAUGAAGGGCUCCACGCCCCCGGACCUCACCCCAGACUUUAGCCCCACCACCAGCCGGCCCUCCACGCCUCCCCGAAGCCCAACCACCAAAUCUUCCCACCGCACCAAAAACGCACGCUUCCUGCGACAGAGCGCCGUGGACGAGGAACGUGGCGGAACCCAAGAGAUCCAGGUGCUGAUGGAGGAGAGAGGUGGCGGGGGUCCGAGCACAGGUGGAGAUUACCUGAGGGCGAACAGCUGGGGGGCAAGCGAAGACAAGCGUCCCUCUCGUGGGGGAAGCAGCAGAGGGGGUAGUCGAGGAAGUAGCCGCUCCACGACCCCCUCUGUGCAAGACGAGGUGCGGGCUGGGGUGGCACGGGCCAACGGUCACAAGCACUCCAAUCACAAGCCCCGAGACCACAGCUCCUCCAAUCAAAAAGUCCCACGGGACAGGAGAGCGGACGGACCCUCUGCUUCUUGGACCUCACAGCGGGUACACGGGGACAGUUUAGCCCACCCCCGGCUCUUAGAACAGGACGAGGAGAAACUGAGCAAUUAUGAAAUGGAGAUGAGGCCGUUACAGCCCAUGGACUCCCAUAAUUCCCAGAAGCCCUAUGGGCACGGGGAGGAGUGGCACGGUCACGCUGAGUCUCGCGCACAUACGCUACAGCGGCGGGGUAAAAAUCGAGACCGGGAACGGGACGCUUCGGGGCCAAAGGAGGCUCGGGAGGGGACAGUACCGGAAUCGAUGCAAAAGUUGGACAGUCAACGUGUGGGGGACAAGCUAGAUGCUCGCCCCCUCCGUCGGGACCUCACACUCUCACCUCCACAGAAAUCCCCACCUAUUGCACUAGAGCACGAAGACGUGAAUCAGUCUCAGCUCAAAGUGAACUCGGGAUCCAACUCAAUUCUGGUUAUCAUGGUGAUUUUGCUCAACAUUGGAGUCGCCAUUUUGUUCGUCCAUUUUUUUAUUUAAACACUUCGUUGCCGUCAGUUCCUCUUGUUAAACUACGCCAGUAUCAAAACAAUAUCUCAUCUGGUCCUGGCCCAUUUUCUUUUUUAAACAAACGACCAACUACUUCUAAUGAAGUUACAACAGAACUGAGGAAGGCAACGCAAAACUGGGCUCAGCGGUUCGGUCUGCAAUUCUGUCCCCAAAGAGCUCUUGUUUUCAUUUCUUAAUUUGUUCUCUUUUUUAACUACAUAAUAGUUCAAAGCAUCCUUUCGAACUUCUAGUUUUAACCUAUGUAUUCACUCACUCAUUUAUGCUGUUCUGAAUGAAAAUACUUUUUUUUA